AUGACUCAAGGAUGGAGGACAAUUAAGGGCCUCUSCUACCUGGGCAGAGCAUGUGACAUCCUGGGGAAGGAGGACAGUCAGGACUUCGUGGUCUUGGUGCAAGCUCUGGAGGGAAUCAGCCUAUCGGAUGACCAGAUGUCCUCUACCUGGGCUGUGCUGGCUGCCAUUCUGCAGCUGGGGAACAUCUGCUUUACCUCCUAUGAGAAAGGAUCAUUUGAACAUGCAGCCAUUGCCAGUGAUACCGAGAUUCGGAUUGUGGCUAAUUUGUUGAGCAUCUCAGCAGAUCUCCUGCAAAGUGCUGUCACUCACCGAGUCACCGUGAUGUCGUAUGAUCGGAUCUUCACCCCUCUGUCUGUAGAAGGAGCCAUUGAUGCCAGAGACUCCAUUGCUAAGACUCUGUAUUACCUGCUCUUUGAAUGGCUGCUGCUAAGGAUCAACGAGUGGUUGGCCCCCUCAGAGACAGACUGCACUGUGGGCAUCGUGGACAUCUACGGUUUUGAGGAUCUGGAGGUGAACAGCUUAGAACAGCUCUGCAUCAACUUUGCCAAUGAGCAUCUCCAGCACUUUUUCAGCCAGACUGUCAUUGCCCAAGAGGAGGAGGAAUAUAGCCAAGAACAGUUAGUUUGGAUUCCCAUUUCCAAUAUGUACAGUGAGUCGUGCCUCAGUUUCAUUUCUGCAAAACCCCAUGGCAUCUUGUGUAUCUUGGAUGACCAGACUUCACUGCCUCAGGCCACUGACCACACUUUCCUCCACAAGUGUCAUUACCAUCACGGGGACAGCCCUUGGUACACCAAACCCAAGCUCCCUCUGCCCGUCUUCACUGUCAAACACUAUGGGGGCCCUGUCACCUAUCAGGUCCACAAGUUUCUUGCUAAAAACCGUGACCGGCUGCGUCCAGAGGUGUUGGAUAUCUUCUCUCAGAGCCGCCUCAAGUUGGUGUCUCACAUUUUCACAAAGGCUAAGGCUGCCUACAACCAGCAAAGGGAGCUGGGGGCCAGAGGGAAGGGGCUCAAACCUCAGGCUUCCACACUGGUGUCCAAAUUCCAGGAAUCUCUGCAGGACCUCACAGCCAAGCUGAGAAGGAGCCAUGCCUUCUUCAUUCGGUGCAUCACCCCUAAUCCCCAAAAGCUGUCAGAUAUCUUUGAUAUGGAGUAUGUUGCUUGUCAGCUGAGACAUUCUGGGAUACUGGAGGCCGUCCAUGUUAGAAAGGAGGGAUACCCAGUCCGCUUUCCAUUCCAGAACUUCCUAGCCAGAUACGGGCUCCUGGUUGCGAGAAGCCAUGAGUGCUUGGAGGAGAGGGAAGGCUGUGCAGCAGUGCUGUCCCACGUGAUGGGAAACCCCUCUCAGCUCUAUCAGAUUGGAGUAACAAAGGUAUUCCUGAAGGAGAAGGCCAGGCAGCUGCUGGAGAGACGACGGAGCCAGAGACAGACCUGGGCCRUCGUAACCCUCCAGAGGAACUUCUGCCGCCUCCUGCACCGCAGGCGCCUCCGCAUUCUCCAGGAAAAAGUCACCAUCAUUCAGGCUUACUUCCGAGGUUACCAGGCAAGGUCAGGAGACAAAGAUCGGGCAAAGUCCUGUCCUUGUUCAGGAUGA